AGAAGUUUCGUCGAAGUUUAACACGCAUAUAGUAAUUAGAGAAAUAUUACUAUAUGUGAUCAAUUACCUAGUGUAAAACUGGAGUCACAACGAUAGAAAAGAUUGUAUUGAAUUGCAAAUUGGUGUAUUCAGAUAGAUUUCCGUCGUUUGUUUUCAGGCGGGUUGCGUGAGUGAGAAUCACCUCGCACCAAAACAACAUGCAUAUAAAACUUAGGACACAACGACAGACUUUCUAAUUGACCAUUAUGUUUUUAAACAUACAGUUAUCUUGAUUGCGGGUUGUUUUGCAGCAUAACGUUCAGUAGCUACAAAACGUUAAAACAGCGGUGGUGUCAGUGUUUGAAUAUAUUCACGGGGCAUAACGUGACAUUUUAGUUUCACUUUUUGAUCUAAAGAAUGGACCGACCAUCCAGGAAUAAGAACGCUGUCAACUACACAGACUUCCAAGACGAUGAUGAUGAGGAUUUUGCCUGUGUAAAACCUCCUCCCAAAAAAGCUCGAACGGCCAUAAAAGACCCUGAUUCUGAGAGAAACCUCAAAACUACAAGUGCCUCUCCAAAGGAAGUUGUUGAUCUCACCAGCUCAGGAAGCAGGAAGAGGGCGUCUCUGGAGAACACACUUUAUGAAAGCGAUUUGGAGACCGCUCUAUCAUUAUCAUUGCUGGACUCUUCAAGAACACAAGAUGGAGAGCCUACAACCAAAACAGAUGAACAUGACCGUUCUCAGCCUCCUCAGUGUUCACCACCUAUUCUAGUACACUGCAGCGCUGAGGGCAGCCGUUUAGUCAGCGAAGAUCAGCCUCGUCCAGAUUCUCCUCCUGUGCUGUCCAGUUGUAGCAUUGAUGGCAGAAGUUUAGGGCUGAAUCUGAUCAGCAUAGAUGCCUCCCCUACCAGUGUUUCUAAACAGAAGGAAACCUCAGAGGAGCAGAGAAAACCACUGAAGGACAACAGAGACGAUGAGGACUACCAGCCUCAGAACACAGCAGAUUCAGAAAGUGAUGCAGACUUUACGGAAGAAGAUGAGAGCGAAGACGAGACAUUCACUGUGAAAAAGAAACAGAAGACAGAAAAAAAGGCCCCACCAGCUGCAAAGAACAAGACAGAAAAGAAAGACAAAAAGCCAACGAAAGCCUCAAAAGCCAAAGGCUCAGCUCCCAGCCCAGCGAUCUGUCGGAGUCCUGCUGCUCCUGUGUCUGGACUGAAGAAGACGCCCACUACUCCGCUUUUCUCUAAACCUGCAGUCUGCUCCAGUCCUGCAGGAGCCAGACUGCCUAAGUGGAAUCCCCCUGGUCUGCUUGGCCGGAGUCUUGGUGCGUCUCAGAAUGCACAUGUGAAGUCUCCAGGACAGGGGUUGCGUUUAGGACUUUCCCGUAUGGUUCGAGUCAAACCCCUUCACCCUAAUGCUGCUGCGAACUAAACAGACUUGUUUUAAAUUCGAAAGCUUUACAAUGACUUUCUGGGAACUCGUAGUGCAUGGGGCAGGAAAAAAAUGGUAAGAAGGAAUGGAUAUUUUUUUACUGAAAUUUGUCCAGAAUUUAAGACCUUUCAUCCCUCGCUUACAAUAAUAUGUAGUAAUAUGUUUUUUGUUGUGCUUUAAAUAUUUUUAAUGUCUUUUUAUGGUGUGGUUUAGCUUUGUAAAUAUG